AAAAAAGAGAGAGAGAGAGAGAAGAAGAAGAUAAAGUGAGAGACACUGAGAUGCAAACCGCGAACAAAGAAGCAAAGCAUUACAAAAACCCGAGUUGUGCGGGUCAAAUCACCCGCUUGUCUUUAUACGAGUUACAAAGCAAAGAGUAGUGUCAAUCAGCUUCUUCUGCUCUCUCUUUCUCCUCAGUUCUUUCUCUUUCACUCUUCAGUGCUUUCCUUAGAUCCAGGCUGUUGAUAGUCAGUGUUCUCUACGGACAGAAAAUGUUGUAUAUGAGAGAUUUGUAUUGCUAACAGUUUGACUGCACAGUUGAAUUAGUAUGCUAUAAGGAGAACUCUGCUACUUGUAAAAUGAUGUCUAAGAUUUGAUAUAAGGAAAAAAUUGAAAAUCAUGGAAGAAAUACAGUCUCAAUCAGAUAACUAUAGGUCUUCAUCAUCAUCAGCUAGCAGCCCGGCAAGUAGGGUGCCAUCAAGUAACUUUUUCUACCUGCGUAAACCUGGUUCACUCAGGCAGCCCAUCUCAUUUGAGGAUUCACCUGAGUGGGAGGAUACUGAUAUCGAUGUUAGAGUUGAGGAAGGUGGUGACUCUAUUAAUGUUGCAACAACACCAGCUUCUCCCUCUCUCUCUAAGCUCAACAGUGGGUCCCUGCCAUCCCCGCAUCUACCGGAGGGUGGUGCUGUUAUUCCACGGAAAAUCGCUGGUGCUUCUGUUGCCUGGAAAGAUUUGACUAUUACAAUAAAGGGAAAAAGGAAGUACUCUGAUAAGGUUAUCAAGAGUUCAACUGGUUAUGCGUUACCAGGGACAAUGACUGUUAUUAUGGGUCCUGCUAAAUCAGGGAAAUCUACUUUAUUACGAGCCAUUGCAGGAAGAUUGCAUCCUUCAGCCAGGAUGUAUGGUGAAGUGUUUGUGAAUGGAGCAAGAUCGCACAUGCCCUAUGGAUCAUAUGGUUAUGUGGAGAGAGAAACAACUCUGAUUGGAUCCCUCACUGUCCGGGAGUUUCUAUAUUAUUCAGCCCUACUUCAACUUCCUGGUUUCUUUUGUCAGAAAAAGAGUGUGGUAGAGGAUGCUAUACACGCAAUGUCUUUAGGUGAUCGCGCAAAUAAACUCAUAGGUGGACAUUGUUAUAUGAAGGGACUUCCUAGUGGGGAGAGAAGGCUUGUUAGCAUUGCCAGGGAGCUCGUGAUGAGACCACGUAUAUUAUUUAUAGAUGAACCUCUUUAUCAUUUGAACAGUGUCUCGGCACUUUUAAUGAUGGUUACAUUGAAGAGACUUGCUAGCACUGGUUGCACUCUGAUCGUAACUAUCUAUCAGAGCAGUACAGAAGUCUUUGGUCUUUUUGACCGUAUAUGUUUGCUUUCAAAUGGAAAUACCCUGUUCUUUGGAGAAACAUUAGCUUGCUUGCAGCACUUCUCAAAUGCUGGAUUUCCUUGCCCAAUCAUGCAAAGUCCUUCUGAUCACUUUCUACGCGCAAUUAAUACAGAUUUUGACAGGAUAAUUGCGAUGUGUAAAAACUGGCAGGAUGACAAUGGAGAUUUUUCUUCUGUUAACAUGGACACUGCUGUUGCUAUACGCACACUUGAAGCAACUUAUAAGUCAUCUGCAGAUGCAGCUGCUGUUGAAACUAUGAUUCUUAAACUCACUGAGAAGGAAGGUGCAGCUCUCAAAAGCAAAGGCAAAGCUAGCAAUGCUACUCGGAUAGCUGUCCUGACAUGGAGAUCUUUAUUAGUCGUGUCAAGGGAAUGGAAAUAUUACUGGCUUCAUCUUAUUCUUUACAUGCUUCUCACUCUGUGUAUUGGUACUGUAUUUUCUGGUCUGGGGCAUUCUUUGUCUUCUGUUGUGACAAGAGUUGCAGCAAUUUUUGUAUUUGUAUCAUUUUGUUCCCUUCUAAGCAUUGCUAGGGUGCCUGCACUUAUGAAAGAAAUCAAGAUAUAUGCCUGUGAAGAAUCAAAUCAGCAUUCCAGUACAUUAGUAUUUUUACUUGCGCAGCUCUUAUCCAGCAUCCCAUUUCUUUUUCUCAUCUCCAUUUCCUCAAGUUUAGUCUUCUACUUCCUCGUAGGGCUGGAAGAUCAGUUCAGCUUGUUAAUGUACUUUGUGCUGAAUUUUUUCAUGACUCUGUUAGUGAAUGAAGGAAUUAUGCUAGUUGUGGCUACCUUGUGGCAAGAUGUUUUUUGGAGUGUCUUGACACUGUUGUGCGUACAUGUGGUCAUGAUGCUUUCGGCAGGCUAUUUUAGAAUUCGAAAUGCUUUGCCUGGACCAGUGUGGAUGUAUCCAAUGUCCUAUAUAGCCUUUCAUACAUACUCUAUUCAGGGGCUAUUGGAGAAUGAGUACCUAGGAACCUCCUUUGCAGUUGGGCAGGUAAGGAGCAUAUCUGGAUUUCAAGCUCUCCAAAGUGUGUACAAUAUCUCCCUCGACAAGAAUUCCAAGUGGAAAAAUUUGUUGGUUUUGUUUCUUAUGGCAAUUGGUUAUCGUAUUUUUGUGUUCAUUUUAUUAUGUUUCUUCAUAGGGAGAAAAAUAUCCCUUUUUAAAAGUUUGAGGUGUAUUAAGGACACAACAAAUACAAGUUGAUGGGAACGUUGUUCAUCCAUUUACAUUGUAAUAUUCCUUUUGAUCGAGGUUUGCUUCUUGCCUCUAGUUUUGUGAAUUUUUCUUUGACUAAUGA